AUGAUACAAAAUAAAAAUAUCAGAUACUAAAUUUUAGAACCUAAAUAUUUACAAGGAGCUAUUGACUGUCUUAAUCAAGUAAGAAACUAGGCUGGUUCUAUUAAUAGUGAUUUGGGAGUGAAUGAGUUAGCUAAUUAUGAUCAGAGUCAUAUAUUUUUAUAGUAUCCUGAUACUUGCUCAACUACAAUAAUUGCUUUGGAUACAUCAAAAGACGAUUUAGUUUGUGGCAUUUUUCCUGGUAUAGACUAUUGUAAUUACACUUAAUUACUUAGAAAAUAAUCAACUAAUCCUUUAAUAAAUGAAAGGAAUUAGAUAAUUUUGAAACUUUUAGAACCUUUAACAGCUCUAAACUUCUAAAAGGGUGAAUUUUUGAUGGGUAUUAACUAUGGUGUCAGAUCAGAAUACGAAAAUUAAAAAAUUGGAUAGAAUCUGGCUAAGAUUUUUAUAAUAAAUGCAUUAGGAUAAGGAUUUAGCAUAACUGCUGGAGUAUUUUAUAAUCCAAAAUCUGCUCAUGUAAUUUCCAAACAGAAUGGAUAAAUAUAUAGCUAUCUCGAUUUAAAUAAAUUGGAUUUAUCUGAAGAAGCUAAAAAAAAGUUAAAAAAUAAAGAUUUGCUUGUUUUAGGAAAUAUGAUUUAAAAAAAUAUCCCUCAGACUAAAGUGCCAGAAGUUGUUAAACCUAAUUUAUGA